AUGGAGACUCCUCGCCUGCUCCCUCUGGUUGUCAUCAAACGCGGUCAUGAUUUCACUCUGACUUGUUCGUUGUCCCAGAAACCUCAGUUGUUUUACUUGUACAAGCUGAAGUUUGGAUACAUGGUCCAAACAGUAGCUACAGCUGCUUAUGAAACAAUAAGUCUUCAAGAACAGUUUAAUAACUCACGUUUCAAGUUCAUAAAAGACAACGCUUGUUAUCAUCUUACUAUCAGAAAUGUGAACACAGAAGACGAUGCAGCUUACUUCUGUCAUGCAGGAUCAGCGUACGACCUGGACUUCAUUAAUGGAACACUUUUGGUUGUGAAUGAUGACACAAAUGAGCACAACUCCGUCUAUGUCAAACAAAGCCCAGAGGUAGAGUCGGUCCGGCCGGGUGAAACAAUGACCCUCCAGUGUUCAAGUCUGUCCAAGAACAAAGAAAAAGCAGGUCGUUGUUCAGAUGAACCCCGUGUGCACUGGUUCAAAGCUGCAUCUGGAGAAUCCAAUCCAGGAUUAAUUUACUCUUAUGGAAACAUGAGGGCCCAGUGUGGACAAACGAGCUGCGUCUACAAUCUGUCCAAAACGAUGCAGGACUCCUCUGAUACUGGGAUGUACUACUGUGCUGUGGUCACCUGUGGGGAGAUCCUGUUUGGACAAGGAACUAAAGUGCAGACAGGUAUGUCUUUAAAAUCUUUUUUUGACAUGAUAAUGGAACACAGUUGUUAA